AUGACGUGGAUAUAGAACUUAAUAUUACCGAUAUUAUGACUGAAGUUCAUCGUAAUUUACCUGAUGAUUGGGAACUACUGUACCUUGGCGAUUGUGCUGAGCGGGAUAGCAAAUACAUCGAAACCAAUUUAACCGUUCAUGUCCUACAUAAAUUAGGAUUUGCACAAUGUUUACACGGCUAUGCAGUUACAGCUAAAGGAGCCAUGAAGUUAAUAGAAAAGCUUAACAUUGAUAAACCAGAAAACCAUGUUGAUAUUGAUAUACCUAAUCUUGUCGCUGCCGGAGAAAUCAUUGGCUAUUCUAUUACUCCACAAACUGUUGUGCAGUUUAAAGGUGUGAAUGACAAAUCCGACAUUUCCCCUGGUUAUGUAGGUGGAACCUAUCCUUUAAUGAACUCUACUUUACUUUUUCUUGGAUAUGAUCCAAAUAAACCAAAUGACCCAAUUUGA